UCAUCCCUUGCAUACUUGUUUUCAUUUUAUAACCUUAAUUUUUCACGUUUAAAUGUAAACAAUAUUAAAACCUUACACUACUAACGCCUCAAUCAUGUUUAAGCAAAGUUUUAAGUAUUAUAAGUCGAAAAAUCCUCCACCAAACUUGGACAAUGUUUUAGAUUUAAAUAAAUCAAACGAUUUAACAGAGUUCCAGAUAAAAAAAGUUAGCAUUAAAUGCGAGGAAAGGAAGAAAAUGUUUGGUUUCAAGCAUCCAAAGACGUGGGAAGUUUAUGAAAUUGUGGAUACACCAGGUAGUCUGUUGUUCAUUAGAAAUCCAUUUACUAGUAUCGGACAAAGGUAUUGGACAGUAAAAUGCCUGCAGGAUUACUCAAAGAAACCGAACAAAACAAAUAUCGAUGCUUUUAAUUUAGUACCUGAAAACAAAGAGUGGUGGGAAAUGUGCCAAAAUAAUAACAAUGUUUUACUGAUGAAUAAACUCAGAUGGGUUACGUUAGGUUAUCAUCACAACUGGGAUACAAAGGUAUACAGUGAAGAAGAUAAAGGCAAAUUUCCUAAAGACUUGAGCGAUAUGACCCUGUACGUAGCUAGCAUAUUAGGAUAUACAAAUUUCAGUCCAGAGGCAGCUAUCGUGAAUUACUACCACAUGGAUUCUACUUUAUCGGGCCAUACGGAUCACUCGGAGAAGGACCUAGAGGCGCCUUUAUUUUCAUUUAGUUUUGGGCAGACGGCAAUAUUUCUACUUGGCGGUAAUACGAAAGAUGACAAACCAACCCCGAUAUUUAUAAGGAGCGGCGACAUGGUCGUAAUGAGUAAAGAAUCGCGUUUGGCCUAUCACGGAGUUCCAAAAAUCCUACAGAUAGACUCGAGAUACUGGGAUCCCAUCGACGAGAAUGAUUUGUGUUACAUCGGGAAAGACUACAGAGAAGUGGUGAAUAUCUGUAAAGACGACGCUUUGUGGAAGCCGUUCGGCGAUUAUUUGACGUAUUCGAGGAUUAACAUAAACGUAAGACAAGUAUUAAGUCGUGGUCAGAAAAGGUUGAAUAGCGAAGAUGCCGAAGAUGUUACUUAAAGACGAUAUUAACUAUUUAUAAAUGUAUUUUGAGAAUAUAUAGACUUUUUUAUAUAUAUAAUAAUAAUACAUUUUUGUAAUUAUCGGAUUGUUUCGAGUAUUUUAAUCAAAGGUUUUUUUGUUUGUUUUUGUUUUUCCUUAGUGCCUUUAAUGUACAAUGUAAAUAAUGUUUAGUAAUUCUAGACUAUUAAAAAAAUGUGUUGAAUGAAAGGGCUGCUUUUGUGGCUAAGAUGUGCAAUUGUUAGAGUUUGUCGUUUCGCUGCAUGUGAAUAAGGCAGUACGGUAGAGAUGGUUCUGUAACCAAGGAUUACGUUUCGUUGUGUGCAUAAUGCUGCCCAAAACAUUUUCUGACAUACUGUGACGGAAAAGUAAUAAAAUGUUGUAUCAACUUAUACAGAUGCCAUCUUGGUUAUUUUUAUUAUAUACUACCUUUUAUUUCAAUGAAAUGAGGCACAGAAACGUUUUUAAUACUCGUAUAUUCAA